CAGCAAUAGCAGCAGCUCAAGUGAAGAUGCAUUAACAGUAUUGACAGAGGAGCAAAAGAUACAUUUACAGGACGAAGUAAGAGUAUUAAUUGAAGGUGGUGCUUUGGCUAACCUCAAGCUGGAUCCAAGUAAAAAGUGGAGAGAACAAUCACAUAAUAUUUGGC